AUGUGCUCUCCCCAAACUCCCGUCGGCAGCAGUGCGCGGCCUCGGGGGCCGGCCCGGGUAUCCGCAGUCCGGCGCGCGAGGCUCGAGCAGCGCCAGCCCUCAGCCGCCCCGGCGCGAACCCGCCCUGACAAUUCCAGUCCCCGGCCCGGCAGCUCCGAGCGCAGCCAACCCCGGCCAUUGCCGGACCUAUUUAUCCCGACACCUCCCCUGACGUGGGAUCGGAACGCUCCCUUGGCAGCUGCAGGCCCGGCGCGGGCUCCCCCUCGGCCGCCCCACCCCCCAGGCCUCUCUUGCAGAAGCGGUGACAUCAUCUCCUCCGGGCUGCAACCCAGGGCUUGA